CCGUUACACCUGCAGUCCGUAAAUAACAUGGUAUUCUUUCAAAACACGUCAGACGGCCGAGUGAACACACAGACGGCCUAAUAAUAUUUCGUGGGCAGCCUUCACUCAGCUCGUCAGGUGAGGCACGUGAUACAUGUGAUAAGCAUAACCGUUUACUGGUUUAGCUUGCACUUCGGGCAGUGUUUCACCGGAACGAUACGUGGCUAUCAAGUAUAGCACACGAGCUUCUUUGGGAUCUCUCGUCUAACCCUAAUUAGUAUGACCGUCUCGUAACUGUCCAAGAGUUUUGGCUAGACAGCUGUAAAAUGACUGACUUGGAAGCCACAGAGAAGACGAACACGUCUUCGCCAGACGCAGAACUUCCACUUCAAACAAAUGAAGAUGGGAGUGCUCUGUGUACAUCCCAGUUCCACAUGGUUGUCGAUCAGCUCAAAGACAAAGAAAAGAUGCUGGCCUCCUUGGGUGCCUACUCGGAGUCAAGCGAGGGGGCGGGGGGCGUGCGACACAGGAAGCGAACGAAGCCCGCAGAACCAUCCGAGGAAGAGUUUGUCUUCUUAGAUGUCACAGCAGACAACGAGAUAGAGGCGCACAAGAUGGAGCAGAACUACAUGUUUGGGUUCAAGAAGUGGAAGAGCCACGUCACAAAGCGCCCCCUGGAUGAGAGGUCGGAGAUUGUCAAGACGCUUUACGAGCAGCCAAAAAAGGUCAAGCCUUUCAUACACUCCACGCUAUCUGUGGGCAACGUCCUCUAUGCCCUCCUGAUCGGAUGGUGGCUGGCCCUGGUCUACCUCCUAGUAGCUCUCUUGAUGCUUAUCACCAUCAUAGGAAGACAUCAUGCCAAGUUCUGCUGGGCUCUGUCUCAGUACUUUUUGUGGCCCUUUGGCAAGUUCGUGAAGGAGAGGACCUGCUACGAGCUGGAGGAAAUCUCAGAGCCAGUCGACGAGAAGGAACCGCUCCUGAGCAACGGCAUUAGUGCCAGCCACGACUCGGCCUCAUCGCUGACGGGAUCAAAUUCCCUGCCGGCCUACGUGAAGAAAGAAAGCAACGAAUGCUGGGAGAGCAAGAGCUCAGAUGCCACAACCAGUGUGUCCAUCAUUGACAUGCACUAUAAGGGAGUCCGCAGUGACUCAGGCUACUGGAGGAGACCGUCCACCUAUGUGUGGUUGAUCCUUGGAUGCCCCAUCCUGCUUCUAGCCCAUGCCAUCGUCAUCAUGGCGACUGGUCUCAUGGUUGUCUUCAUCCCUAUCUCAAAGUUGAAUAUCAUCGCCGUCAGAAAGGUGCUUCUCUUACCGCCGGAAAAACUCAGAAUAAACAAGACAAGCGACUUCAAGAGUGAUGACUGCACCUAUUCCCUAGAGGUCGUCAUGUGUUCCUAUCAAGCCGUGAACGUCUACUAUUACAAGUACACGGUGGACGGAAUGAACAUCAUUCUCUUCAACAUGCUCCUGUUUGUAGUGUGUACCAUCAUUCUGGGCUAUGCAGACACAAGCAACGUUGUCGCCCAUCCUAUUGUUAAAUUUGUGAUGGGUCUGGUAGCUAUCAUCCCGCUUGCUUACUACAUUGGAAUGGGGAUAACAAGUAUCUCAGCACAGAGCACCAAUGCAGUCGGGGCUGUUCUGAAUGCCACAUUUGGUUCCAUCGUCGAGCUGAUCCUGUACGUGUCCAUGCUGGUCAAGAUGAAAGACCCCAGGACGGCAUCCACCUGCUACAACACCCUGGUGAAGUCGGCGCUCGUGGGCACGCUAUUGGUGACAAUGCUGUUCAUUCCUGGCAUCAGCAUGGUAGUUGGCGGUAUCAAGCACAGCGUCCAGCGAUUCAACAUGAAGACGGCCUCUGUCAGCUCCACCCUGCUCUUCAUCUCCAUCGCCGGCAUGUUCUCCCCGACCAUCUUCAACAAGGUCUACGGCAUCUUCAGCUGUCAGAACUGCACCUCCACCAUUUACAACAUGACUGUGCAAGACGGUUUCCAGUGCAACGAAUGCAGCCAAACAUUUGACCCAGACUCCUCCUUCUACGCGGAUAAAGUCCGCCCCAUCGUGUACAUCUGCGCCGCCCUGCAGCUGCUGGCCUACAUUGUGGGGUUGAUCUUCACCCUCAAGACCCACUCCCAUGUCCUGGAAGAGCAGCUGCAGUUACCAGCGGGGUCACAGGAGCACACCAUGAUGCACUGGGGUCGCAUCAAGAGCACCGUCAUCCUGCUGUGUGCCGUCAUCAUGAUGUCGCUGUGCGCCGAAGUCGUCGUUCAGAACAUCGAGCCAGUGCUGAGUAUCAGCUCUGUACCAGAUAUGUUCUUCGGCGUUACGCUGCUCGCCAUCGUCCCUGACAUUCCUGAGAUGGUUAAUGGCGUACAGUUUGCUCUGAAGAACAACAUCAACCUCAGCAUUGAUAUUGGCAGUUCAGUCGCCGUGCAGGUCACCCUCCUUCAAGUGCCCAUCCUCAUACUGGCUGAUGCUAUUUACCCGUUGCACUUCUACAUGAUCUUCUCCGACGUCCACAUGUGGUCAGUCAUCAUCAGCGCCAUCAUCAUGAACUACAUCUUCAUCGAUGGCAAGAGCAACUAUUUCCAAGGAGCCAUGCUGUGCAUCGUCUACUUCAUGCUCCUCUCCAUGUACUUCUUUGCCAUCGACAGUGACUACAACGGAUGCAUACCGGGCUGAGCCUCGGUGACGAUGACAGUGUUGCCAUGGUAGUGGCCAGAAUUACCACAACUUCCCUCGCAGUAAUGUCACCUGUACCUCACAGUGUGCAUUGUCCCUGUACACCUUGUAGUCCCCUCUCUGAACGCUGUGGUAAUGUCUUCACCAAACAAAAUUCGAAACUAAAAAAUAGACUAAACAAAAAUUUUAAAAAAACAAGACAAAAAUAAAAAGUCACAGUGCGACUAGAACAUUAGAUUCUCUUACCAAAAGGGUGAGCUCAGCGUAUACUUGUGGUUACUAUAAAUACUGUUGUAGCUGACAUGGCAUGCAUUUCAACUGGUUUGAAAAUAAGCAAGUACUUUUUUCGAACUGUUCUUUAAAUGAAAUUCAUCUUCAUUUAGAGGAAUUGAAGUCCUCCUGCGAUAGCCUGAUUAUUAUUUUUUGGGGGGUGGGGAUUUGAAGGAAAGUAGGCUUCAUUGUUGAACUUGACCGAGUCCACUGCAUCCUCAGACUCCCAGGCUAGAAACCUUCCUGAAAAUUUUUCACGUGUUGGAAAUCAGUGGUUUUUUUUUUUUUUGAGGGCUUAGGGUCGAGAUCAGAGUGGCUUUGGAGUUUAAAAACCACAAUAUACUUUCUACUUCAGUCAAGCGCCUGUGAAGCCAGCACUUGAAAUCCAUAGGGUUUUUUCUGUUUGUUUUCUUCUUUUCCUUUUUAAAUUGAUAUUUAACUCCAGUGGAUGUGAGAGAGCCAUAUUCAUUGCCGAUGAGCAAAAGCAUUCUUUUCAGUAAGUCAGUCACCCAAGGAAACGUGGUUGUAAACCUUUUUUAACUUAUUGUUUCUCAGGGGAGGGCAACCUGACAAAGAAAUGCUCAAUUUGAAUUAUUAUUUGGGAGUAUUAUAUAAGAGUUUUCAGCGAGACAUUUCACAAGAGUGUAUUCACAUUAAAUGUACGAGGUACGUUGCAGGUUCUUCAUGAAAUGUAUUUAAAUCAAUGUUACUCAGUUUUUACACAAAGGAAAGCACACUUGCUUGAGCCAAUAAAGUGCAUAGUUAAGCAAUUUUGUGGAAAGGUUUGUAAGCCUAGUUUGUAUUCUUCAAGCAAGCACGUAGUUGUUAUAUCUGAAAUCAAAAUGGAUAAGUCCCUUAAAAAUUGAAAUGUAAGGAGCCUAAAUAAGGGGUUGGCCGAUGAGUCUUGUAUAGGUAAUUGUAUCAUUUGUUCUGAAAGGCCAGUGACUUUACGAAAUACAGUUGAGGUUAUGAAAUAGACGUCCACGUUUGUUGCCUUUGAAAGCAUGCACUCUCGUAAAUAUGUGAAAAUUUAUCGCAUGUAAUUGUCGAAUUAUUAAUUUGUCGCAAUAUGAAUCGAGAUGUACUUUAUUUAAGAAGAAUGGUAUUUAUAUCAGUCAUACAGGACGAGAAGGAAAUAUUGGGUUUUUUUGCAAAGCAAUGUUUUCUAUAAUUUAAUUCUUAUUUUUGUUUGUACAUUAAUAGUGCGCAAAACGUAAGUUAAGUUCUUUCAUAAUGAUCCCUUUUUGGUUGACUGAAAUCCAAAUACAUGCACACGUCAUUUUGUGGA